UGCCUCCCUCUCUCUCUCUCCAGUUUGCUGGGUGCAAGCCGUAUGUAUUUUAUACCCGUUGCUUGAAUUUGCUUUUUUUUUCUUGAAUGGCUCGCCUGGCUUCUUUGGCCUUGGGCGAGUUACAGACCGGGAAUGCAUUGCUGCGAUGUGGUGGAAUAGAUGGUGGGCAGAGCUGCUUCCAGGUUGCGUUUUGGUUUUGGGGCUAAUCCAAAAUUCACUGUAAAAUCUCAGUCUGGAAGAGGUUGUGGUUAUAAAAAAGAGCGUUAACACGGUUGCUGAACAAAAGCCUAGUAAAAAUAGAGGGCUUUGCUGAGCUCUGGGAUUUAUUUCCAUGUAUUUCCUACCUAUAUUACUCUUAUUUGGCAAUAACAUUGACUUCAUUGUGGUUGUUUAAAGAUAUUUUGCCUUUUUUAGCAUAGUGACUUUAAGCCUGAAAGGCAUAAGUAGAGGUGGAUGUUACGAUUUAGAUAGGAAACGCCAGAUGUUUCAAUUGGACCGAGAAGUUGAAAAGGUAUCCCUGAAACAUAUAAUAGCAAACCAUUCCUUUAUUAUUAGCCAAGAAAACAACAUUCUUCUGCAUGCCGAUGCCUGUUCAUUCAUUACGAACUGAGUUCUACCUGAACCAGAUUUUAGUGUUUCCAGCUAUUCAUUUUUUUUAAUUGCUUUUCCAGUUCAGCCAAUUAAGGUGAUUAAAAAAAGCAAAGAAUACUUCAAAGGAUAUGAUAAUCUUGUGUUUAUCACAACAGAACUAUGGUGCAAACAGAAAACUGAAACCAGCCACUAUCAACAACAGCGUAGGCCUCAGUUGAGUCCUAAAUCAACCAUAAAUUAAGAAACCUGGCCAGGGCUUCUGCAUCCCCACCUUUGCCUGGGACAGAGUUGUGUAAUUGGAUAUUACACCAUUCCUCACCCUAAAUCAUUAGGUCAUUCUCCAAGUGCUUCCUGUAGAUGCUGAAUAACAGGGAGGAGGACUGAAAAAUUUGCAGCACUCUGUGGACAAAACACUGUCUUUUUCUCCCAAUUCAUAAAGAAGAUCAGCAGCAGGACAACAUGGUCAAAGAUACUGAAAACCAGCAUGUUAUGUAAAAGGUCCAGGAGGAAUAGACUUCCCCAUCCAAGUCUUGAUGAAGGUCAUACACCACAGCCACCAGUGUAUUUCCAUCUAUAACUCAGGCCUGAACCCUGACUAAAAGAACCUACAUAAACCAUGUUAAGGAAUGCUGCAGUUGCAGUCUUGCCACUUAGCACCCUUACUACAAUGAGAAUGUUGGAAACCAGGUGAAAGUUUCUAAAUUGGCUAAAAUCCAAGGAGGGCUCUUCAGGAGGAUGCUCACCACUGCCUCUGGUGAGCAGGAACAGUGGCCUCCUUUUUCUCAAAGGGAUACUGACCACCUCCUACAUUCAGCCCCUCUCAUACAGACACGUGCUUGCAGAAACAGCCAGGGAGGCUACAGGUGUAACCUACAUGUAGCAGAAGUCAUUCCAUCAAUCAUCCUAUCCACUUUCUCAGAAUGAAGAAUCUGAAAUGAGCCCGAGAUAACAUGGCAAGAUGCUGUACCAGAAAACCAGUUCCUGAAAGCCAAAACAUGAAACAACUACCAGCGGAAACUAUUCGACUUCUUUCUAGUUCACAGGUCAUUGUAUCAGUUGUCAGUGUGGUUAAAGAACUGGUAGAGAAUUCUUUGGAUGCUAAUGCAACCAGUAUCGAUGUUAAGUUGGAGAACUAUGGUUUUGAAAAGAUUGAGGUACGAGAUAAUGGUGAUGGGAUUAAGGCAAUUGAUGUUCCCGUGAUGGCAAUGAAGCACUACACAUCAAAAAUAAGUUCUUCUGAGGACCUUGAAAGUUUGAGCACGUAUGGUUUUCGUGGUGAAGCUCUGGGCUCCAUUUGUAGCAUAUCACAGGUUUCUGUUACAACAAGGACAGCUGCUGAUGAUUUUAGCACCCAGUACAAUUUUGAUGGAAGUGGUCAUAUAAUUUCUCAGAAGCCAUCUCAUCUUGGAACAGGGACAACUGUAACAGUUCAAAAGCUGUUCAAGAAUCUGCCUGUAAGAAAACAGUUUUAUUCUACAGAUAAGAAAUGUAAGGAAGAAAUAAAAAAAGCUCAGAAGCUGUUGAUGGCCUAUGGCAUUAUAAAACCAGAACUGAGGAUAAUGUUUACGCAUAAUAAG